CGGUGGGCUGCGUUAACGACUCCCAACAUUUUAAAGCUUCAGCCGCAGUAUAUUCAAGUUUAGAUGACUUCGUGUGGCCUUUUUUUUGUUUUUCUGUGUACCAUCACAUUGACUUACUUCCUUGUCGAGCAUGUGAGAGCCUGUAUAGGAUGUGAUUUCUGGUCACAUGACUGCAGCCUUCUUACCGGUUUAUACGCGUAGUUUACCCGCAGGCACUUCAGUGUUUGGCUGUCUCCGCUAACUGCACCACAAUCAUAACUCUUCCUCUCCGCUGGUCGUUAAAGCCCAGUAAAGCCCACCGGCCGUGUGCUCGGUAUUAAAUAGCGAAGAUGGUUCGGACCACUUUGGUUUUUGUCCUGUUUUCAGCCGUGCUGUCCGGUGUGUCUGCCGGGUUGUUUUUUAACCAGAAGCAGCCCUGCUAUGUCCGCACGCCGAGAGGAAGCGACUUUGGACUGAGGACCGCUCCUCGUCCUCACAAGUAUUUAAACAUUUCUGAUCUGCCAAAAGCGUGGGACUGGAGGAACAUCAACGGCACAAACUACGUGAGCACAACCCGCAACCAGCACAUUCCCCAGUACUGCGGCUCCUGCUGGGCCCACGGCAGCACCAGCGCCAUGGCAGAUCGCAUCAAUAUUAAGCGGAAAGGAGCGUGGCCAUCUGCCUAUCUCUCAGUGCAGCAUGUGAUUGACUGUGGUGAUGCAGGCAGUUGCCAUGGAGGGGAUCACAGCGGAGUCUGGGAGUAUGCAAACAAACAUGGCAUCCCAGAUGAGACCUGCAAUAAUUACCAGGCUAAAGACCAGAACUGCAAACCCUUCAACCAAUGUGGCACCUGCACCACCUUCGGAGUGUGCAAUAUUGUAAAGAACUACACCCUGUGGAAAGUGGGAGACUAUGGAGCUGUCAACGGGAGGGAGCAGAUGAUGGCAGAGAUCUACGCCAGAGGGCCCAUCAGCUGUGGGAUUAUGGCCACAGACAAGCUGGAUGCCUACACCGGAGGUCUCUACUCUGAAUAUCAGGAUGAGGCUUACAUCAACCACAUCGUGUCUGUGGCGGGAUGGGGAGUGGAGAACGGAGUUGAAUACUGGGUUGUACGUAACUCCUGGGGAGAACCCUGGGGUGAGAGGGGUUGGCUCAGGAUCGUGACCAGUGCCUACAAGGGAGGAAGUGGCAGCAAGUACAACCUGGCAUUGGAGGAGGACUGCAUGUUUGGUGACCCAAUCGUUCCCAAGGAGUACCUGUAGAGGAGACCAGCACUAGCUGUGCUCGUACAUCUUUCUGUCUCAGGUGGAGGGAAGCUUUUCCUAUGCAAAAUGUUGAAAAGGGAAUAGGUUUUGACUCUUAAAACUGAUUUAUAGCAAUGCAAUUAUUGUAUACACGUGUUAUCAGAGGGUCACAAUGAAAUGCAAGAUCUUGCAGGUGAUCAUCAGACCUACUUGAAACAGUGCAGUGAAACUUAGAAAAAAAAAAAAAACACACUGGUAUGACUCAUUUCUGUGCUACAGCAAACUAGAGCUACUUCAUGCCUGGCAGCCAUUAUACUCCGAAAAGCUGCAAGAGCUCAUUAAAGUUUACAUCACCUAGAGGACAUGGAUAGCUUUUCAUAGUUUUACUUUUUCAGAACAAACUGACUUAGCCAAAGAACAAUGUUUUUAAUUUUGUCCUGCGCUGCUCUGACACCGAAUGUUUUCAGUGUGUGGUGUUACCUUAUGAUGAUAUUGCACCACACCCCCGAUAAGUUGUGUGCAGACUUAAAAAAAAAAACAAAACAAAAACUGAGUGUGCCUUAUAUGAACUUGCAGUUAAGUAUAGGUUUAUGCAGUUUGCUGCCUUUUACACUGAACAAUCAACACAUCUGAAAUUCUGCCUUGGUUUUGUUUCAAAUUUUGCCAAUAAACACAACACUUAAAAGUGAUGCUUCACACAAAA